AUGGCGCGCACGGUUCUCGCUCGCCUGCCACCACCGCGGCAACGCGACCAGGCGCGACAGCACGAGCGCGAGCAGCCUGAAGGAGAAGAACGACGACGCGAGGAGCACGAGCGCGAAGACGACCUCGAUCGGCAAUCCCAGGCGUCCACGUAUCGUGAACGUCCGAAGUUCGACAAGCCGCGCAUCACGUUGUCCACUUUCACAGGCAGCGAUCCGGACGCAUGGCUCCACAGGGCGGUACAAUAUUUUGAGCUUAAUGAAACCGACGGUCCCGACCGCGUGAGAUACGCAGCUUAUUAUCUUGAUGGUGAGGCCAACGUAUGGUGGCAAUGGCUCACAAGGAUCUAUCGCAAGCGACAACAAAUUAUUACUUGGGAUGUUUUUGAGAGAGAGUUGCUUACGCGAUUUGGUACAUCCGAUUAUCAUAAUUACAAUGAGGCUCUUACGCGCAUACGGCAAACAGGCAGCCUACGCGAAUACAUUAGGGAGUUCGAACGAUUAGCUUUCCGCGUGCGCAAUUGGCCGGAAGAUGCACUAGUUGGCGCGUUUAUCGGCGGGUUGAAAUUUGACCUGGCCGCUGAAGUUUGGCUCGAGAGGCCCGACACCAUGCACGACGCGAUGGAAGUGGCACGACGACGAGAGGAUCACCUCGUCGCCAUGCGAAGGGGACGGGCGGACGUGCGAUUCGCGGACACACGUCGCACGGGACCAAACCCGACCACGGCCAGCGCACGACCGAACGUUAACCAUCGGCCAGCGGGGUCGAUAGUAAGGCGGCUGUCUCCCGAGGAGGUCAAGCGGCGACGUGAGAAGGGUCUUUGUUUUAAGUGCGAGGAGAAGUUCACUCCGGGCCAUCAGUGCAAGCAAGCCUUUGUCAUUGAGGUGGCCAACCCGGACGACGCGGAGGUUGAGGUUGAGGAGGAAUCGCAUCAGGAGGACGAGAUUGAGACCUUCAGUGAGGAGCCUGAAAUUUUGAUGCAUGCGAUGACGGGGAUCAGAGGGCCGAAAACAAUGCGACUACCAGCAUGGGUCAAGGAUCGAAGAGUAGUGGUGCUCGUAGACAAUGGUUCAUCGCAUAAUUUCAUCAAUGCUGACUUGUCGCAAAAGUUGAGAUUGCCAACCACAAAGAUCGAGCCCUUUGAGGUACGAGUAGCCAAUGGAGAGAGGUUGCAAUGCUCUGAGUCUUUUCGGAGGGUGCCGAUCAAGUUCCAAGGGGUCACGAUAAAAGCUGAUUUGUAUGCUUUACCACUAGUUGGGCCAGAUGUAGUGCUAGGAAUUCAAUGGCUUGAAGGGUUAGGCAAGGUGACGACCGACUAUCGAACAGGCAUUAUGGAGUUCAACUCCGAAGGACGGCAGGUCACCCUAAGUGUCGGCACUGAUAAAGAAACUAAGGAAGUAGGGCUGAAAAAUAUUGAAAGA